UAGUUGUUGCACUGGAUAGUGGAUACGAUUGGUACUAUAGAUUUAAAUCGAAGUACACACCCAUUUAUAUUUUUUUUGUUCUUUAUUGUUUUAUUGUGCUGAAAUAGUUUCAUGAGUUAACUUUAACAUCACCACUAUGGUAUCUAAGUCUAAAACUGGGUUGUUUGCUCUAAGUUUCUUUGGAUUAGCAUCUUUAUUGAUAACCAUAGCUUUUGUUAGUCCGUACUGGUUAGUUACUGAUGGGAAGUUGAAAAACCCUAAAUUUAUUAAAAUAGGUUUGUGGGAAGUGUGCUUCAAUGGGUUUGAAGAAAUUCAUCAUUGGUAUGACACAGUUUUUAAAGGCUGUUGGUGGAUUUUUGAAGAAGAAUAUUACAUAAUACAUGACAUAUUACUACCAGGCUUUUUUAUUGCUACACAAUUCUUCUUCACAAUAUCUAUGUGUUGUGUUUUAAUAUCACUUUUCAUAUCAUAUUUGUAUAUGAAAAAAGAUGAAGAUGAUGAUAAUUAUGUUACUUUACUAGUAACUUUUGGCACAAUUCUUGUUAUUGGAGGCUUCUCAGGAAUCAUAUCAGUGGUCACAUUUGGAGCUAGAGGUGAUGGACGGGACUGGAUGCCUAAUUGGGAACACAAUGAUCUUGGCUGGUCAUUUGCCCUCGGAGUUGUUGGGGUCAUCUUUCUCUUUCCAGCUGGCAUAUUAUUUCUCAUUGAAGCCAGAGUACGAAAGUACAAGAGAUUGCAUGAGAUGCAAAGUAGAGAUCCAUCCUCUUACAGUAUGCGUGAGAGAAAAGUAGCCUACCCAGGCCACACUGAUAUUUAAAUAUCUUAAGUUGGUUUUUAUUUUAAGAAAAAAACAUUUUUGAUUUUAAUAAUUGUUGUUGCAACUAUUAUAACAGAUUCCGUCCAAUCUAAGAAUCUCAUUUUAAGAAUUUGUUGUACAUUAAGUAUCUAAAGAAAUUUCAUUACUUAAAUAAAGUCCCUCCUUUAUUAAAGUUGUAUAAAAAAUAGUUUCUGCAAUA